CGAGCAGCUUGCUACUCGCGAGGACGUUGUGUCCUCUCUUCUGGACUUGAGCAUGCUCCAGGCUCGUCAGGAGCGACUCACCCUCCAUGUCGCUGCACUGCGUCGCCUUCUCGCCAUCCUCUCUGACCCUGAUCGCACCCUCCCGAUCAUCCCAGUACGACUCGGGACCUCCACGAGGGUGUACUCAGCGCUGUGGGAUUUCGGUUCUCAGGGCGACUUUAUUCACCCACGCGUGGUGAAAGAAGCCCGCUUACCCACGACAGGGUCUCCGACUCCCAUCUCCGUUACCUUAGGGGAUGACAAGACCCAACGCUUCUUCGAUCAGACGGUCACCGACCUCCCUUUCUUCCUCACUCUCGAGCCGUCUGAUUGUUCCCCGGCGUCUCGUCGCCACCGCUCCUUUGCACAUUUCGAUGUGAUGGAGACGGAGUACGACUUCAUUCUCGGCACUCUGUGGUCUCGCCGGUUCCGCAGCACCGAGGCCGAUUGGGCGACCAACACUCUCGUUCUCAAAACGAAGUGUGGGCAGACGUAUCGCGUACCUUUCAUAGGUACCACCGCGACACCACGCCCCAAUCCUCCUUCCCCGGAGCCUUUCGUGCCCACGCUAUCUCCUUCUAUCACUGUCACCUCGCCUCGGCAGUUCGCUCACUUCAUCCGAACGGACGACGUCACCUUCUUUAUGGUGAACGUGACGGAUCUCUUACACUAUGACCCACCCUGUCCCGACGCCGAGCUCAUCCCUCUGGAGUCAAACCCUCCUUCCAUCUCCAUGGCUCUCAUCUCUACUUCCGUCCCUCCGCCGUCCGUCGAGUCCACCCCGCCGUCGCGCGCUGACGCUGACGCUGAGGAACUCGCACGAUAUACGACCGACUUGGAGCCCGCAGUUCGUGACCUCAUUCGAGAGUACCACGACGUUUUCCCAUCGCCGUUCUCGUACGCUGGCAUCCCACCGAUGCGCGACGUCGAGCACUCCAUCCUGCUUGUGCCUGACUAUCGUGUUCACCACCAGGCACCCUACAGACUCCCGAUCCCCGAGGCCACCGAACUCAAGCGUGAGCUUGAGGAGCUCCUGAGACUGGGUUUCAUUAAACCCAGCAAUUCCCCAUGGGGUGCACCCGUCCUCUUUGCUCGCAAAGCGGAUGGAACUCUUCGUCUCUGCAUCGACUAUCGCGGCCUCAACUGCUAUACGGUUAAGAACAGCUACCCCAUGCCUCGUUCCGACGAGCUGUUCGACCGCCUAGCAGGCAACCGCUUCUUUACGAAGAUUGAUCUUCGUAGCGGUUACCAUCAGAUCCGCGUCGCUGCAGCCGACCAGCUGAAGACAGCGUUCCGAUCGCGCUUCGGCCAGUACGAGUUUACGGUGAUGCAAUUCGGCCUCACCAAUGCACCCGCCACGUUCCAGAGGACGAUGAACGACAUCUUCAGGGACAUCCUGGAGCAGUAUGUUCUCGUCUACCUCGACGAUAUCCUGGUCUACAGUCGUACCCUUGAGGAGCACCUCAGACACCUCCGCGACGUCCUUGACCGCUUGCGCAGACAUGGCUUCUACGCCAAGCUGAGCAAGUGCCGCUUUGCCCAACACAAAGUGGAUUUCUUAGGACACUACGUGUCUGACCAGGGUCUCCACAUGGACGACGCAAAGAUCACUGCUAUUGCGGAGUGGCCCGUCCCCACAUCUGCCAAGCAGCUUCGCAGCUUCCUAGGCCUGACCAGCUACUAUAGUAAUUUCAUCCGGGGAUACGCUAGGGUCGUUGGAAGUUCAUCUCGAUGGACUUUAUCGGUCCCCUUCGUCCUCCGACCCCUCGCGGUCAUGAUGCUAUCCUGGUCGUCGUCGACCGCUUCACGAAGCGUGCACGCCAUCAGUGCACGUGAGGUCGCCGAAAUCGUGUUUGAUCGAGUCGUGCGUGACCACGGCUUACCUCUGAGCAUCAUAUCUGACCGUGACCCGCGCUUUACCAGCCGAUUCUGGCGACGGCUCCACGAGGUAUAUGGCACUCAGCUCCGCUUCUCCUCGUCUUACCAUCCUCAGACUGAUGGUCAGACCGAGAUCACGAACAGGACUCUCGGAGAUAUACUCCGAAAGAUUAUUCGUGACGACCAGCAGUGGGACCUCCAUCUUGCCCACGCGGAGAUAGCCUACAACCACGCCGUCUCGCCAGCCACGGGGAUGUCGCCUUACUAUUGCGACCUCGGCUACCACCCUCGUGUUCCCGCGGACUUCCUCCGACCGUCACAGAUGCACCCCAACAUGAUUUGUCCCGUGCUGGAUGAUUGGGUUGCACACAUGACGUCGAUCAUGAAGACCGCAAAUGAGCACAUAGCCGCUUCCCAGACUCGCAUGGCAGCACGUGCGAACCGAUCGAGAAUGGAUCAUCCAUUCAAAGUCGGUGAUGAUGUGCUUAUCGACGCCCGCCACUUACAGCUCGAAACGGACACGCUUCGCAAGUUUCGGCGUCGCUUCUUUGGCCCAUGCCGCAUCCUCCAGGCCGUCGGUUCUGAUACGGCAUCUAGCCCGAUCAGCUUUCGUGUGAAGCUGCCCGACUACCUACGCCAGGCUUGUGUGCACGAUGUCUUCCACGUCUCGUUACUGCGUCCUUACCGCAGACCGUCCGAGCGUUUCGCUGGAUGACCAUACGAACGCCCUCCACCCAUCAUGGUGGACGGCCACGAGGAGUUCCUCGUUUCAGACAUCAUUGGUCGCCGAGUCACCGACGAUAACCCUCCCCACGUCGAGUAUCUCGUACGUUGGAAGGGUUACCCUGAUGAGGAGGCUACCUGGGAGCCCCUCGAGCACUUGCAGCACACUCGUAUGUUGGUGCGUGCCUAUGACCGUGCUCGUCGUGCUGGGUUCACUGCUCUUCCUCAGCCCACUGACCCUCCUCCUUCUCCCCUGCUGAGGAGACCGCUGAAGUCGAGCCUGCUCCAUCU